UUUCUCAGGCCAAAAGUCUUGUGCAGAGCUGCAGUCUCAGCGGUGGAGGCUGGAAGCUCAGCCCUUUGCCUUCAAGCUUAAGAGAAUUGGGACACCUCUACUCCUUCACAUGAACACGCAAAAUGAGAGGUAACGAGAAGGGCUAAGGGGUAGAAUUGGGAUUGGGCCUAAAAAUCACAGUGAACAAUUAUUAAUAAGUUAAAUAAAAGCAGUCAUUUAUCACUAAAUAUGCUACCAUUGAUUUUCCUUUUAUGUUGACGCAUAACACUAAUGAUCAUUUUUGCAAAUAGAAAUUAAAAUCUAUCUUUAUAAACCAUCUGACGGCAAUAAAUACAGUAAAACUAGAUUGUUUAUAAAAGUUCUAUACGGAAAGAGAUCCCCGGCUUUCACUGUUCAAACUCUGACUCUGAGCUUUCAGAGCUGUUUGGAUUAGUGAUGCAAGGCCCGUGAAAAGAUCUGCGCAGAUUUUAACCUUCAUUACUAAGCAGGGGGUGGAGAGAGAGAGUGUGAGAGAGUUGAAGAGAGAAGGAAACCUGGGAAAGAAAGAAAAGGAAAGCAAGAGAGACACAAUUCACAAAGCUUCUUGGUGUAACAGAUCUAGUGCAACAUGGAAACAGACUCUGUGACCUGUACUCAGAAUUCUGAAUCCCAAGGUGAACGCAGUAGUGCAGCAGGAAAGCUCUGCUUUACUGAAGAUACAGAAACUACAAUAACAGAAGAUCACACAGAUGAAAAGAAAGAACCCCAGGACAAGAAUAAGGAGGAGGACACAGAAGUUAUUAGUGGGUUAGAAAAAACAGAAACACCGGAAAACCAAUUCACCCUUGAACCACAUGAUCAUGCCACCUCCUUACCAGAAGGUGGAGCCACUGAACCAACAAUGGAAACUGUGAGCACAAAUGAUGACCAGGCUCAAGAGUGGCCACCAGUGCCAGGACUGGAAGAAGAUAUUCAAGCAGAAGAGAAUGAGUGCCAGGCCACUGAGAUUCAGGAUGAUGUGAAGAAAAACUCUGAAGCUAGUGAAGCUGUUAAAACAGCCAUGAAAGACAUUCAGGGUGGAGAACCUGUUAUGACGACACAGGUAGACAAAAGCACUGACUCACCAAAAAUCCCAAAGGUGACCAGUGAAGAAGAGAGACAAGAGCUUGAGUCACAUGGUGACUCUGACUCAAUUGUGUUCCUAUCAGAAAACAGUGAGGAGCUGAAUAUAGACUGCAAGUCUGUGGACUUUGCCACCACCAGAGAGCAGUGGGUGAGGCGGGACAGUCGUGAUGAGGUACAAAAUGUGCCGUAUUCCAAGAGCUCUUCAAUCACUGAGACAGAAUCUUCCUCAAGAGCCCAAAGUGAAUCCAAAACUGAAUCUGGGGUUACUGCUGAAAAUGUCCAGCAGAGGGAGCUUGAGGCAAACAACUCAUAUUGUUUGACUGAGAAUGAGGUGAUGCAACAGGUGUGUGAUGAAGCUCCACCCCUAGAGACAUUUCCAGACCGGCCAACCAAUCGAGAGCAAGAGAACUCAGGCUGUGUCUCCAUGGAAGUAAAAGAGCCAUUGAUAAUCCCAGAGAGGAGGAGGGACAGUGAAAGUCAAGAGAGAGAGGCGAGUGAAACAGGUGAAGAGCGAAAGCAAACACAGACAGGUGGAACCGGAGGAAAGCAGCUGCUGGAGGUUAAGGAUCAAAGGCAGGAACGGGAAAACAAAGGACAGAGUGCGGAGAGCCAGUCAAACACAAAGCCUCAUCAGGGAGAAGGGAAAGCCAAGAGAAUGCAGGUGGACCAUUUUGAUGACAGCCAAAGCGAUAGCGGCGUAUCAGCAGAUUUCUCCCCGAACAGCACAACAGAUGAAGCUCCUCAGCCCUCCGAAUCUCCUCCUUAUGAAACUCCCAUUGACAGGGAGAUCCGUUUAGCGUUGAAGAGAGAGCAGAGUCUUCGACGAUCCAGAGGACUGUGCGAUACAACUGACAUGACCAAUGAGUUUGUGGAAAUUCCUUUGAGGAAACCUAUUCUAUCCCAGGACCUCCAGAUAAGACCCAGCCAAACUCUCGACAAGGACCGGCAGUUUGCAGGAAAGAAGAUGCAGAAGGAAAUCAGUGCCGAGACAGAGAGGGAGAAGGUUCUGGUUGAACUGGGCCGACUACCAGGUUUCUACGACAAGGGAAAGGAGGUACAGCUUCAAGAAAAAAAGCUGCUCUUUGAAUCUUUCCAAGAGCAAAAGGAAUCAAUGGCAGCAUUGAGAAGAGGAUCUGCCUCUAGCUAUGUAGAAUCUGCAGCUGGAAUCCUGGAGGUUGAUUCUGCGGUCAAUGUUAGACAACGCCUAAUGCAGUUCUCUCAAAAUCCUCCUACAAUACCAGUAUCCCAGUAUGAAGGCUCCAACGGCAACUCACUUGCUGCUAGAGGACCUGGUCUGACCGAGGGAAUCAAGGGACAGAUAAUCAUCAUAGAGGCCAGCUCUUUCCCCACAACCGCGGGAGAACCAACUGGUUAUAAUUCUGCAUCAUGGACAGAUGGCAGAUCUGUGAAAGUGAUGAAUUCAGCAGGAGUGAGGGCUUCGUCUGCAGAGCCUGUUAGUGCAAGACAAAGCACAAAUACACAAGUGACUGAAGGCGAAGGCAUAGCGACAGAGAACCCAUUCUUCAAACUCCGCACUUCUGUAAAUCUGCAUUCUCAGGUAGAGCUAGAUAUUAAAGAGGCCAAGGAGAGAGAAAGAGAACUACAGAAACAAAGAAGCAGUCUUUAUGGGGGAGCAACCGAGGAUCCAGAGGAAGCCAGGAGAACGCGAAUGGAUUCAAAGACUGAAAGUAGAGUAAAAGUGGAAACAGGAUCCUCUAGCAAAGCGACUCUUAGUCCUCCUCCUCCUCCACAGUCAAAAUUGACUCCCUCAGGCCACCAAAUGGAUGUGUCAGUUCGGAAUCAAUCCACAGGAAAACUGGAUCUAACAUGGCCACCAACCCAUGCUGAUGAACAACCAGGACAAACCUCAGAGAAAACCCUAAAGAUUUCAAGGCAGCGAAAUCCAUUACUUGAGCGCUGGGAGUCUGGGAUGGUGAACGGCCAUGUUGAAGACUGAAACACAAAUCCCAAACAAGACAGUAAAACACAGCAGAUGAACAAAUGAAAUCUCUCCGACCUUUAAGAAGAACCCACCAUGUGCCAUUAUUGGUGGAUAAAGAGCAUCAGUUGCCUCACAAAGACACUGCAAUAGUGAGAAGUCCAGCACACUAGAAACACUGGUAUAAUAAUACUCAAUGAGCCAGGUUGUUGUUAUUGGAAGUAGGUAGGUAUGACUGUUGGGCAGUGUUGAAUGUGUUAAAUGAUUUCAGUGUCAUAUUGAAUGUAUUUAUAAUCAAAAAAACAUAGCUGCUCAUUUCGUAGUAACAAAACAGUCAAUAAUAAUGUAAAAUUAGAUAAGGAUUGUAUUUAAAUGAACAUUUAAGAUUUAGUUACUGAUUAGACAAGCUAAAUCAAACAGCCAGGAAGCGGAAUUAUGCAUAAUAUAAAAAUGGCAUAAUUAAUAAAAAUGUUUUAUCAGUUUG